GUUUUCCGGAUACCUUGGGCCGGUUUCCCUUAGUAGCUGAGCAGGCUUGAAUGGUCCCUUAUGCUGUGCUCUCUGUCCUGCCGCUGGAUGCUGUGGAGGGUGCUCAGGCAAGCUUGGAAGUUGUGACAUGGCUGCCUCUAUGUCCAUCUGACCGGGUUUUUGCCACUUCUAAUCUACUUUCUGCUACUGGCAAAGAGGAGUAAUAGAGUAUACAGGAUAAGUAUUGCCCUGUAAUUUCUUAAUUUUUUUAUUAUAGUCUUGUACUUCAUUUUUAAAAGACUUAUACAUCUGUCUGUCUUUCUGUCCCCUUUUAUUUGUGGUGCUAUCUAUGUUAUGUGAUUUUAUUCAUCAUAAUCUAAUCAUAGUUUGUUUUUCUGGAAAAUGAUAGACCACCUAUUUUUGUUUUCUGAAAAUUUACUAUGAGUUUCUUGAAUUUUUGAUAGUUUGGGAAACAGUUUUAGUUUCCUCUUCUUGAUCCUGAAGACUUGCCUCUCCUCAUUUCUUGGCAACUCUGUCUUCCAGGUGAUGCAAUCAGCAAUUUUGGGGGUUUUGCUACUUAAGUGAUUGAUAUGGUUAACACAUUAGAUUUGGCUUUUUAAAACUCUCUGAUAUAUUAAUGUCUGUGUAUCCUAGUUAGCUUAAGUUGUCAACAUUUUGGAGCCUACAGUCAUCUGAGGGAGCCUCACUUGAGCUCAUGCCCUCAUUAAAAUGACUGGAUGCUGGGUUAGUGAGAGAUUGUGAUGACUGAUGUGGGAAGGGUCUUCCACUGAGGGUGGCAUACAUAAGAGAGGUAGCUGAGCAUGAGACAGUGACCAAGCCAGAGGGCAAGACAGAAAACAAUGUUUGUCCAUGGUUUUUGCUUUAAUUUCUUGAAACUUGAGUUUCUAUACUAAGUUCCCAAAAAUGAUAGAAUGUAAUCUGAGAUGCUUUUGCUUAGAGGAUUUAAUCAAAGCAGAGCAGCAAAUUAGAACCCCCCCCCCAAAGGAUGUGGGAGAUAUCAGGAAUGGGAGGGGGCAUUCUGUGCCUUUGUAUGUUGGGAAGAUAUAGCUUGCUUUUUUAUUUUUCAAGAUGUAGCAAUCAAGAGUAUUCUAAGAGGGGAUGGAGAGAUGGGUUAGCGGUUAAGAGCACUGUCUGCUUGCUCUUCAGAGGUCCUGAGUUCAAUUCCCAGCAACAUGGUGGUUCACAACCAUCUAUAUUGGGAUCCAAUGCCCUCUUCUGGGGUGUCUGAAGACAACUACAGUGUACUUAUAUAAAUGAAAUAAAUAAAUCUUAAAAACAACAACAACAAAAAAGAAUGUCAUAAGAAAUUUUGGAUAUUUAAAGAAUGUAUGGGCUGUUGCAGACUAUUAGGGUCAUUGAAUAUAAACUCUGCAUUUUCAUCAUGGAUGACCGUGAUCAGAAUGUAGUCAAUUGAGUCAAAAAGCUCACAGAUAGGGUGAUGUCUUUCAACAUUUGUUUCUCCUUUGUGGCUUUCUUUUUUUGUUUGUUUGUUUGUUUGUUUUUUGUUUUAUUUUUUCGAGACAGGGUUUCUCUGUAUAGCCGUGGCUGUCCUGGAACUCACUUUGUAGACCAGGCUGGCCUCGAACUCAGAAAUCUGCCUGCCUCUGCCUCCCAAGUGCUGAGAUUAAAGGUGGGCACCACCACCGCCUGGCCUUUAUGGCUUUCUUUAGGGGAACUUAUAAUGUUAGGGUCCAAGAAUCAACUCAAAUAGUAUGCAAAAGUGUUUUAUUCUGCUGAAUUCUAUCAUGCAGGGGUCUAUCAUUCACUAGGAUGGAGACAGACGUGAGCUUUGCAAGCUCAAUUUAAAGCCAGUUAGGGGGAUUCCAGAAAGGAGAACGUGAACUUUAUUCUGAUAGGUUGGUUCAAUUUCCAAAGGUAUGGGUGUCUUUGAGAUUGAAGUUCUGGGGGGUGGGGGGAGACUUUCCGGAACCAAUACUGGCUGACUAUUCUUGGUUUUGGUUUGCUCAGGCCUGGUGGUAGGCACAGCUCCUGGAAGCUCCUGAUUGGCUGCCUGUUAGGGUGGUUUUCUUGUAAUAGACAUUUUUGGACUUUUCCAGAUCUAGGAAACAGAAACUUAGGCCUAGUCUCCCAUACUGUCAGUUUGCAGCCUGUCAUGGAAUCAUCCUGGCUCUGGCCAACUCAAUCCUCUCAAUUGAAGCUUUUGUAGAUUGCUUAUUGGGGAUGAUAUUUGAGUGUCUAUAGACUCAAUACAUUUCGUGUGUGUGUGUGUGUGUGUGUGUGUGUGUGUGUGUGUGUGUGUGUUACUGUGUUGUGAUUGGAUCUGAUUAGUCAGCUUCCUUCUUAUGUUGUCUUGCCUUCACCAUUGUAGACUAUCCCUGAAUCACAUAAGAUGCAGCUGAAGCAGUUGUAAUUCAGUGCUAAGCUAUCUUGAAAGAUUGAUGUUUUUAUAAUUUUAAUUUUGUUGGUUUUGUUUUUGAGGAAAAGUUCCUCUGUGCAACCCUGGCUGUCCUGAAAUUAUGUGUGUAGAACGUGGAGCCUCAAACUUAAAAGCCCACCUGACUCUGGCUCCAGAGUGCUGGGAUUAAAUGUGGGCCAACAUGCCUAGCUUUUUUUUUGUUUUUGUUUGUUUGUUUGCUUGCUUGCUUAUUUGUUUUUAUGUUAUUGGCAUCAGCAAUAAUAUAGCAAUGUAGUUUUGGUAUAUGUCAAGCAUGUGCUGUUGUGUUGAUCUUCAUGCACGUUUGAAUUUUGACAUUCGGCAGAGAUAAUUUUCUGUUUCUCAGGAUGGCGUGUAUUCAUGACAUUGAUACUGCCUGAGCUUUACUGCCUGAGCUUUCUGAGUCAUUGGAUUGCAGGUGUAUAGCAUUCUUCCUACCUGUUGUGGUUGUUUUGAAUUUUUAAAUGAAUAUGAGUAUUUGACUGUAUGCAUGAAUAUGCACAUCAUGUAUACCUGGUCCCCAUAGUAGUGAGAAGAUGGGUUCAGAAUUCCUGAACUUGAAGUAAUUGAUCGUUGUGAAGCCCCCUUGAAGGUACUGGCGAUUGAGCCCAAUUAUUUGCAAGACCAGGAAGAGCUCUUCACUACUGAGCCAUCUCCUGUCCUAUGUAGCAUCAACAUUUACAUUGCCAAUAUUUUCAUCUGUCAAUUUGUAUCUGUUUAAAGAUACAUCCCCUUUUAGUAAGAUCUUGUUACUGUUACAGAUUAAACUGGGACACCUGGAAGAUGAAUAGAGAACUGGAGUGAAUGUGUAAUUCUUUCUAGGAACUCCAGUAAAAACCUUUGAGUCCUUUCUCUCUUUGUUGUUUGUUUGAUUGAUUAUUACAGAGGAGACAGGGUACCUUUGGCUGUCCUGGAUAGACCAGAGAUAUACCUGCUUCUGCCUCUUGAGUGCUUGGAUUAAAGGCAUGAACUAAUAUGUUCAGCUUGCCCAUCAUCUUUUGGUAGUUAGUAAUUGUUCACAAUUUCUCUGAUGUGUUCUCAGUACUUCUUCUCUCUCUCUGUUUCUCUCUCUCUCUCUUUCCCUCUCUCUGUUAAUUAGCAUUUCUAUUGCAACAUAUAUCCUAUACAAAGAGCAAAAAAAUCACAGAAUUGAACCUUAUUACUCAGUUUCCUUCUAAGAUGACUUGGUAAUUACAUUAGAACUUCUGGGUCAUGAAAUAAGUGCGGGAAAUACCAGAAUCAUAGGAAUAUAUUGUCAUUGAAGCAUACAUUUACAGUGAUGUUGGUAUCAUGGUUUCUGUUGUACACAUGUAUGGAAUAUUUUAGGAUGCAUUGACCUAUGAUGAUGUGUAUGUGAACUUCACUCAAGAAGAAUGGGCUUUGCUGAAUCCUUCACAGAAGAGUCUCUACAAAGAUGUGAUGUUGGAGACCUACAGGAACCUCAAUGCUGUAGGCUACAAUUGGGAAGACAGUAAUAUUGAAGAACAUUGUGAAAGCUCCAGAAGACAUGGAAGGCAUGAAAGAAAUCAUACUGGAGAGAAACCCUACGAAGGUAUUCAAUAUGGUGAAGCCUUUGUUCAUCACAGUAGUCUACAAAUGCGUAAAAUAAUACAUACUGGAGAGAAACGCUACAAAUGCAAUCAAUGUGAUAAAGCCUAUUCACGACACAGCAUUCUACAAAUACAUAAAAGAACACAUAGUGGAGAGAAACCCUAUGAAUGUAAUCAAUGUGGUAAAGCCUUUACACAACACAGUCAUCUCAAAAUACAUAUGGUUACACAUACUGGAGAGAAACCUUACAAAUGUGAUCAAUGUGGUAAAGCCUUUGCAUUCCAUAGUACCCUCCAAGUACAUAAAAGAACACAUACUGGAGAGAAACCCUAUGAAUGUAAUCAGUGUAGUAAAGCCUUUGCACAUCAUUGUCAUCUCCGAGUACAUAAAAGAAUACACACUGGAGAGAAACCUUACAAAUGUGAUCAAUGUGGUAAAGCCUUUGUAGGUCAGAAUGAUCUUAAGAGACAUGAAAGAGUUCAUACUGGAGAGAAACCUUACAAAUGCAAUGAAUGUGGUAAAGCCUUUGUAUGUAAUGCCAGUCUCCGUACACAUAAAACAACACAUACUGGAGUGAAACCUUAUGAAUGUAAGCAGUGUACUAAAUCCUUUGCCUCUCAUGGUCAACUUCAAAAACAUGAAAGAAUUCAUACUGGAGAGAAACCUUACAAAUGUGAUCAGUGUGGUAAAGCCUUUGCCUCUCAUGAUAAAUUUCAAAAACAUGAAAGAAUUCAUAUUGGAGAGAAACCUUACAAAUGUAAGCAAUGUACUAAAUCCUUUGCCUCUCAUGAUAAACUUCAAAAACAUGAAAGAAUUCAUACUGGAGAGAAACCUUAUGAAUGUAAGCAAUGUACUAAAUCCUUUGCCUCUCAUAAUAAACUUCAAAAACAUGAAAGAAUUCAUACUGGAGAGAAGCCUUACAAGUGUGAUCAAUGUAAUAAAGCCUUUGUAUAUGAAAGUUAUUUACAAGUUCAUAAAAAAACACAUACUGGAGAGAAACCUUACAAAUGUAAUGAAUGUGGUAAAGCCUUUGCACGACACAGUCAUCUCAAAGUGCAUAAAAUAACACAUACUGGAGAGAAACCUUACAAAUGUAAUCAAUGUGGUAAAGCCCUUGCAUAUCAUAGUACACUCCAAGUACAUCAAAGAACACAUACUGGAGAGAAGCCCUAUGAAUGUGAGCAAUGUGGCAAAGCCUUUGCAAAUCAAAGUUAUUUCCAAGUACAUAAAAGAAUACAUACUGGAGAGAAACCCUACAAAUGUGAUCAAUGUGGUAAAGCCUUUGUAGGUUCAAGUGAUCUUAAAAGACAUGAAAGAGUUCAUACUGGGAGAGAAACCUUACAAAUGUGAUCAAUGUGGUAAAGCCUUUUCAUACCAUUGUCAUCCUCGAAUGCAUAAAAGAACGCAUACUAAAGAGUAACCCUAUGAAUAUAACCAAUGUGGUAAAGCCUUACAGUGAUCUUGAAAGGUGUGGUGGACUAAAUAUACUUGGCCCAUGACAAGUGGCAGUAGUAGGGAGUGUGGCCUUUCUGGCAUAGAUGUGGUGUUUGAGAAAGUCUGUCACUAUAUGCUUGGACCUUGAGAUCCACACAGGGCAGAAGAGUCUUCUGGCUUCUGAUCAAGAUGUAGAACUCUUGUCUCCUCCAGCACCAUGUCUGCUUGGACACUGCCAUUCUUUUCGCCUUGAUGAUAAUAGACUGAACCUCUGAAUCUGGACCCAAUUAAAUGUCCUUUAUAAGAGUUGCCUUGGUCAUGGUAUCUUUUCACAGCAAUAAACCCAAAUUAAGACAGACAGCAUAAAAGAUAACACACUGGGGCUGGUAAGAGCAGGUAAGACUCAGCAGGUAAGAGCACUGACUGUUUUACAGAAGGUCCUGAGUUCAAAUCCCAGCAACCACAUGGUGGCUUACAACCACCCGUAAUGAGAUCUGACACCCUCUUCUGGUGUAUCUGAAGUUAGCUAUGGUGUGUACUUAUGAAUAAUAAUAAAUAAAUCUUUAAAAAAAAGAUACCGCACUGGAGAGAAACUGACAAGUAGAUAGUUCUCUGCAUGUUUGAUAAGUAACAUGUUUUAAAUAGUCUCUUUUUCCUUCUCCUCUUCUAUUUAUCCUCAUCUAUAGUCUACAUCUCCUUUUCCUUUGCAUUUUUCCCCCAUGAGGACAGUGAUGUAUUAAGAUAGAAUCUCACAUAUAUUCCUGAGUUGUCUUGAAUUAAAAAUCCUCCUACCUCUACCUCUUUAAGGCUCAGAUUAAACGUGUAUAUGUCAUGCUUAGGUUUUUCAAACAGAAAUCCAUGGAUGUGGAACCCUGAGCUAGAAAAUAACUGUCUAAUCUUGGGGAAUUGCCAAGGUGAUGACAAUGUUGAGGAGUAGACCUAGAGAGUACAGUCAUGCCUCCAUUUCUGUUAGCUCCUGGAAGUGCACUACUAUAGGGACAUGGAGUAAGCCUAGGCAUUAGUUACAAAGCAGCCUGUUUCACUUGAGACAAUUAAGAGGCACCAGAAUGACCAAGAGGGACUAGAGCUUAAAGCACAGUAAAGGCCUUCUCAAGCCAGACAAGGACUCCAGGAGAUGCUCUAACAGAUUCAAUGAUCGUUUGCCAGAGAGGACCAACUGCAUUGUAUUAGGAGGUGUAAGAGAGGGUUCCAAGAUGCUUCCUACUAGCUUCACAUAGUGUUUAUUUUAUUUAAGCACUAGUGUUUAUUUAAACCCAAACACUCAUUUAAUAGAAUACUCUGUGUUUAACAUUCAUGUGAUGUACUUUCUAGGCCAUCAUCCAUGUCCAAAGAGCAUCAGAACAUGGUAUCUGCUGCUGAUACCUUGAAGCAAUUCCAGAAAGAUCACUGUAUGUGACUAUUUUGAAAUGUUUAAUUCCAAGCUUCUUCACAAUUUGGAAGGUUCAUAGGAAGAACACAUAAUGACCAGAGUGCCUUUAGCUAUGUUAGUGAUGGGCAGGGAAAGAAAAGUCUUGUGGGUUUUCAUUAAAGGUUUCCCUCCUGUGUUUACAUCAUGCAAAGCAUGAACCAUGAUUGGUCUCUGAGGUCUUGCACUGUUUCUCCUUGGUAAUGUUGCCUGAUGAGCAGGUAAUGAAUUCUGGUCUUCAAUGCACAUGCAGAGAUCAAGAUUUCCUAAUUAUUCAAUGUGUUUUCUUAGAGUCAACAUUGUAUUGAAUAUGUAAAACAUCUAAACUGAUAUCUAGUGUAAGGAGGUUGAAUCUGGGUUCUGUCUGUGCUGUUACGUUCUACAUGCAGUGAGUGUAGUUUAACUCCACUACAUUGUUGUGGCUGCUCAAUAUCACUUAUUGACCAUCUAACUCCAAAGAAGCACAUUAUACAUUGAAACUAUUUUUUCAUUAUGUUAUUUCAUGAAAUGUGCACUAGCAAACAUUAAAUUAAAAAGUGUUAUUUCUCUGGA